GUGUCUAACACCUCUGUUUUCUUAGUCCUCGUUUCUUUCGUUCAAAUUAUGCAUCGUGCAUGUAAGGUAGUUUGUAUGUGCUGAAGCUGUUCAGAUGGAUGAAGCGCCCAAUCUCUCCCGCCAUGCUAAUGAAGCUCUGUGAUUGGGAUUUCCGUCUCCGUGCAGCGUUGUAAGUGUCAGAACGUCACCGAAGGCUUUGUUCAUUUUUCAUAUAAGUCGACUUUUUUUCCGAUAGGUUCAUAAUGUAUACUAGCCUCGAAUCUUGGCUACAGUUAGUUACGAUGAAUGACGAUAAGCCAGUUGCUUCGUUUGGAGGACCCUCUGGACAGAUGAAAAAUGACCAACAAAGCAACAGAUGUGGACGGAUACUCUCUGAGGAACCAAGCAAGAUAGGCUACUUCGUUUUUGCCUCCAUAAUUUUCAACCCAUAUUCCUGGAUAACAUGAAUCACCCCAAGGAAGACGAAUUGUCAGCACGAAGGUUCUUCAUACCAAGAACAUUAUUGGGUCUUGAGGUCUUCAGAGCUGACCUCACUGUUCACCCUUUUGGUCAUCCUCCGAGAGGCUUUUGGAGCGGCACUGUCACGUGACUUCUGGUGCCGAUGUGUCCUCAGAGGGUUUAGGCGUCCAGGCUCCUUAGCUGAUGAAAACACCUCUGGAGAUGCAGGAAACAGCACUCGCGGUCGACUCCUCGGGUUUUGACGCUUACCCACUUCAGGGAUUUGGCUUCGAUGACGCGCCUCCUGGUUUCCAAGCCUCAGCGCAGUCGGAGAGAGCCGCUUGCUCACUGCAGUGUUUUGAUAACUGCACCCCAUGCCAACACAGGGAAUCUGGUGCGCAGAAUACGGGUUGUUUAAGCGCAUGUCCACCAAAUGGCCUUCCUCAAAGCUCUGCCAUUUCAACCCUCAGUUCCGACAGCUCAUUGCUACAACCGGGGGUCCAAGAGGAAAGAAAUACGACCUCGUCCUUCAUUCACAACAGCAAGUCCAGCAAACAAGUCUUUCCUUGGAUGAAGGACUCCAGGCAGAAUUCUAAAGUAAAGCGCAGCCCCCCAAGCGCGCAUACAGUUAACGAGGAAAGUGGCAACGGCGGGAAAAGCCCUGCGACUCCAUCUGCUUCAAAAAGGGCUCGCACCGCCUACACGAGCGCCCAACUCGUGGAGCUGGAAAAGGAGUUCCACUUCAAUCGUUACCUGUGCCGCCCACGGCGAGUCGAGAUGGCUAACCUACUCAACGUUAGCGAGAGGCAGAUUAAGAUCUGGUUCCAGAACAGAAGGAUGAAGUAUAAAAAAGACGAAAAGUUUAAGGGGAUAUCAGCGUCAUCAUCCCCAGAAUCGUCUCCCAGUGGAAGUCCCACUCUAUGUUUGCGAACAGGCUUUAUUAAUUCUCUGUCCUCAGCUGGUCAGAGUGAUGAUAUGUUUCUGGCAUCGUUGAACAUGUCUCAGUGCGGUGGGUAUGGUAUGCACUCUACAUUCUCGAAUACCCCAAAGUCUUGCCCCUCCUCACAAAAAUACUUCAAUUCGACUGCUUAUAACCAUCACGACGCAUCUAAUCGCAGUUAUCUAGCACCCAGCGUUCAUGGAAGCCCAGGGUUUGUGGGAGAGAGCUAUGAAAGUCCAGCAUCUGUCUACAGACUCAAUCACUUGUCACAGAUUGAAUGUCAUGACCUCGAUAGCUCCGUGCAAGUUCCAGCCAGCCCACAAUAUGAACUGUGCGAAUCAGAUGUGCCCUACAUACAGCAAACACAGUACUCGCCUACCCAUUCUCAGGACAGACUUAUUCAAGCUGAUAGGCUAACACAUUUGUAGUCAUAUUUUGCACAUUACGUAGGCUAUGGACCCUUUCAAGAGAGUUCCAUUAUCAGCAUCAUAGUUGGCCCCACAAGACUUCCUUUUUAACAUUCCAUAUGUUAUCUUAAUGCAGAGGAAGUAGAUUGGGGCCCAAAUAGAACGUUCAAGCAUUGUUUUUGUUUACCUUGUUGAAAGGGUCUAUAACAUGUUUUCACAAUAACAAUGGACAGUUGACACUAUCAGCGGUCCCUACAGGGGUAACAAAAAGAAGCAUGCGCAGGUUGACCAAUACUGAUAAUUCUGAACGGACAAUAAGCUACAUUUAUAUUAUUGAGUGAAUUUUAAUAUUGUUGUCACGUGGUGAGUUUGCAGUAAUUAAAUGUAUUUAAAUGUUUAUUUAUUUAUGUUAAUUGCACUUGAAUUUAAAUUGUAUAUGACAGUUAGAAAGUUGAGUUUCGAUGUUGGCUUUGUCUACACAAAUAUUCUGGAAAAGUUUUUUUGUGUAGAAUUAGAGAAUUAUCGUUGUCUGCAAGUAAUGGGGGAAUGUGUGUUUUCAAAUAGAUUCUUGAAUAAAGUCGUCUGUUUUGUCAAA